AUGUCUGCCGCUCGAGUCUGCGCAGUCCUGCAAGCAUCGUCUUCAGCUGUCGCAAUCUCAUCAAUCUUCAUCUCCUUCCUCCUCAACUACGAACCAGCUGAAGACAAGGACUCGAAAUCGAAAAAGCCAAUCGUCCAGCCCAUCUCAAAUUCCCGCCGCAAGUCAACGAUCCGCCUCGUUGCAAUACUCGCCACUUCUCUUUGUUAUGUUUUCGAUCUCGCCCACUACCUUUCCCAAAAUCAUCAUGUCAAGCCAAACUCGGACGAGAUAGUCACGCCGGUUCUUCUUGCCUUGGCUUGGUUCUUGGCAUGCUUUGGGAAACAUCACUUCAUCGGAAGGUUACUGACCCUCUCACUUGCAUCUUUCCUCCUUGGUCUCCCAGUCGUAAUACUCAAGACAAUAUCCCUUGGAGCAGCCGCACAGCGCACCCCGUUGAUCAUUGGCUCCGCGCUCCUCUUCCUCACCUGUUUACCCUGCUUUGGUGCUUAUUCUCAGCCAAUUAAGCUCGACACAGAAGAGAGCCGGCCGUUCCUGGCGGAGGAGGCCGAAGAUGAGGACGGCCCGCUAUCGGGUCCUACUCCUCCUUCAUACGGCUCAACAACCUCUGAACGGGCCAAGGACGACAAUAGCGUUUCUUCAAAUGCCGACUAUGACUCUGACGACGAAGAUGACGACGGGUACAACUCGCGUUCGACACAGAUCAGGAAGAACGGCACCUGGGGGGAAUACAUGGCCAAUUUCAAGAUCAUUCUCCCCUACCUCAUCCCGAGAAACGAUUACAAGGUCCAGGCUGCCCUCUUAGUCUGCAUCGUGUGCCUCAUCGCCUCCCGACUCUUGAACUUCCUCGUUCCGCGCUACCUCGCCCUCGUCACGGACAAGCUUUUCGCAGGCCAAACCCCGUACUACGAAAUCUCCAUCGUCUUCAUCCUGGAGCUCCUCCACGGUUCCUCCGGCGUUUAUAUGAUCGCCGACCUCGCCAAGAUCCCCGUUCAGCAGUUCUCCUACCGAGGGGUCACCAACGCCGCCUUCAACCACGUCAUGAGCCAGGCCCUCGACUUCCACUCCGACAGGGACUCGGCCGAGGUCAUGAAGGCCAUCGAGCAAGGCGAGGCCCUCAACGACAUCCUCGAGCGCGCCGCCCUCGACAUCUGCCCUACCCUGAUCGACAUGGCCGUCGCCCUCGUCAUCAUCUACGCCAAGUUCGGCUCGACCGCCAUGCUCUGCAUGAUCUCCGCCUUCUACUGCUUCAUCGCCCUCGAGGUCGUCACUUUCACCUGGAACGUCAAGAACCGCCGGACGCUCACAAAGUCGAAGCGCGAGGAGGCCCGCAUCCAGCACCAGGCCGUCCAGGGGUGGCAGACCGUCUCGGCCUUCAACAUGUUCAGCUACGAGAGGUUCCGCUUCGGAGCCGCCGUGGACAGCCACCUGUCGGCCGACUGGCGCUGGGGGGUCACCGACGCCUACAUCUCCGGCAUGGUCCAGGCCCUGGUGCCCGUCACUUUCUUCAUCCUGUCCGUCGUCGUCAUCCGCCAGAUCGCCCGCGGGCGCGCCACUCCCGGCGAUUUCGUCUUCCUCAUGCAGUACUGGGACUACCUCAUCUGGCCCAUCAAGUGGCUCGCCCACGAGUACCGCUCCAUGAUGUCCAAUCUCGUCGACGCCGAGCGCCUCCUCGACCUGCUCAGCACGGAACCCACCGUCGUCGACAGGCCGGGCGCUACCGAGCUGGGUAAAGUUGCCGGCCACGUCACCUUCGACAACGUCGGCUUUAGCUACGAUACCAAGCGACCCGUCCUCCACGACGUCAACAUCGACGCCAAGCCCGGCCAGACCAUCGCCUUCGUCGGCGCCACGGGCGCAGGCAAGUCCUCCCUCGCCAAGCUCCUCCUGCGCUACUACGACGUCACCUCCGGCAGCAUCAAGAUCGACGGCCGCGACAUCCGCGACGUCACCCAGGGCUCCCUCCGCGACACCAUCGGCGUCGUGCCCCAGGACCCCUUGCUCUUCAACGCCUCCAUCAUGGAGAACAUCCGGUACGCCCGCCUCUCCGCCACCGACGAGGAGGUCCACGCCGCCUGCCGCGCCGCAUCCAUCCACGACAAGAUCCUCACCUUCACCAAGGGCUACCGCACCCCCGUCGGCGAGAACGGCGUCAAGCUGUCGGGAGGGGAGGUCCAGCGCGUCGCCAUCGCCCGCGCCUUCCUCAAGGGCCCGCCCAUCCUCAUCCUUGACGAGGCCACCAGCGCCGUCGACACCGAGACCGAGGCCCUCAUCCAGGGCGCGCUGAGGGAGCUGAGCGAGCGCCGCACCAUGUUCGUCGUCGCCCACCGGCUGUCAACCAUCGUCGCCGCCGACCAGAUCCUCGUCAUGCACGAGGGGACCGUCGUCGAGAGGGGCACGCACCGUGAGCUGUUGGAGAAGCGGGGGAGGUAUCACAGUCUGUGGCAGAAGCAGUUUGAGGGGUUGUCGGAAGCUCACCAGUCAGAGGAUACGUAG